GUGUGCUACUUUGCGGAGACAGCGGAGUUUGCUACAGACGAGCUAUAGGCUCUAUGAGUUCCCAAGUUGGACGUGGCGGUGGCCGCGACCGGGAUAAAAAUAUGAAUCUGGAGCGGAAAAACGCAAGGCAAAUGAGGAACGUGUAUUACGGGAAAGUAAGGUUUUGAGUAAAGUCCCUAAGAUAUCCACACUGUUUUUCCCAAAGACCAGCGGUGGCAAUAUCGGUGACAAUGCAACUGGUUGCAGCGCACAGGCCCUUACGGAUUCGCAAUCCGUUCGCAAUCCUGUUGAGUCGGCCAUUAAUAAUACAGCCACGAUUGCGACAAUAGUGACAGAUUCUGUGCCCGAGCAAUCUGACGAAACGCUAACAAUGACAUCUGACCUUUCUUGCGAUCCAUCUACAGAUGCCUAUUCCUGUGAUUUAGGGAUGUGGCCUCCCUAUGUUUCGGAUAGUUUGAGAGAAUACUGGGUAGCAAAAGGAAGUAGCGAAUGUAGAAAUUUGGAUGCAGAUUUCAGCGCAUCUUCCAGCAAAUUUGAGGAGAUAAUUACAAACGCCAGUGCCAGAAAAGCUUGUUCACGUACACGCAUGAGCUCACAAAACAGCAACACCCUCGAACCUGGCUCUGUUACUCGCCAUCUAAACAUGCAGUUUUCUGCUUUGCACGUAAACUGA